GCAGUGCUGCUGCAAACAACAAGGAGGGAACCACUGAACUUUUGCACCUAGGCAGAAGCCAGCUUGGCUGGAGGAACAGCCCCUGAUUUCUGAGUCACUGCUCACAUCCUGCCCUGCUCCAGCACUUCCUCAUUCACAGGAGAAGCUGUGAAUGCAGCAGCAGGUUUGGAUCUCAGCACAUGCAGAGGGAGCACAGGGAGAUUCCACAGAGCUUUCCCUCCCUCUCAGGACGAAGAGCCUGUAGAGCAACUGCCUCCUGUGGAAGCUGAACAUCCCCAAACAGCCAAAAAAGGUGACAGCCCACAUGCCAGGACAUGUCCAUGACUGAGCUUUGGUUCAACAGAGACACAAGCAGCAGCUGAAGCGUCUGGUGAAGCUCCUGACAGGGAAGAAAUCCCACAGGGCUGGGAGGCACAAAGAUGAAAUGGGAGACUGCUCUCUGGAUGGUUGCCUGCUUACUGCUUGCCUCUCUGCCCAGAGGCCGGCUGGACACCACGUGCCAUGCAUUUGUGGGAGAAACUGUGGUUUUGCCUUGCACCACCACCCCUCCACUGACCCUUUCCAAUUCAAUGCUCUACUGGCAGAUUGGCACCAAGACGCUGGUGCACUUCUUUAAGGAUGGGCAGGAUGCACUAGAGCACCAGGAUGAAAAAUUCCACGGCAGAACCAGUCUUUUUCUGGACCAGAUGAAUCAUGGCAACCUUUCCUUAAAGAUCUCCAGUGUCCAGUUACAGGACAGUGCUGAAUAUUCCUGCAUCUACAGACAGAUUCAGAACCAUGAAACAAAGAAAUCUACAAUUAAACUCAAUGUAUCAGCUCUACCCAGGAUUGAGGAACCACCUUCCCCUUCUGAGCAGAACCAGAUUCCCUCCGGAAGCCCCACGGAUGUGCCGUGUCUGGCCAUGCUUCCCCUCUCUUUCCUCCUCCUGCUCCCCCUGGGGCUUUGGCACUUGUAACAGGGGAAGCCAACCUUGUCUUUGGGAAAUUCUCCUCACCAGAGGAACUUUUCUGGGCAGAUCAGUGUGAUCCCUGCUCCAGAGCCACGGGAAAGAAGCACCAAGAGCUGAGAACAGACCAAGCAUUCGGUGUUUACAUCCCACAUUCUGGUGUUCCACAAAACCAAAGGCAGCAAAACUCCGAGGUGCCAAGUCUGCUUUGGCAUUUGUUUCUUGGAGUCUGGUUUUAGUGAUGCCAGGAUAUACAUUUUAAUUUGGAUUGUGUGGGUUUGCUCUGCCGCCAGGAUAAAAGGCUCACAGAACUCCAGGAUCAGGUUAUAGUUGGUCCUGGUGAGAUCUUUUGCCUCUCAUCUGCUGUCCUUCAAGACAACUGAAAGGAGGAGUGGGGGUAACCACCCUCUGUGUCAGACAAAAAGUGGAAGUAGGAAGACACUCCCAUUUUGUGAACUGUAAGGAUAGAAACCUUGUGAAACUUGUUUCUGUGCAACUUCAGCUUCUGUUUUCACUCCUAAGUGUCAUGGGCUGUGAGUAAGAACCCUUUUUUUCCAUAAGAAAUGUAGUAUUUCUUCAACAGAAGGGUGAAGCUGACUGAGAAAGAAGGUAAAAGUUCAUAAAAUAUCCACACAGAGGAAGGAAGUGAUGUACUACUACAAAAUCCACUGCUAAAUAAGCCAAAAAAAUUUCAGAAGGCUAAAUUCAGCAUUGUCCUUUUUUGUAAUGAAAUAAGGCAAAACUGGAUUCUUAAGCUGGAACUGUGCAAUGAGAAAUUGUUACUGUGACAAUGUUACUUCUUUGAAAAUGUACCUUUGGGGAGAAAAAUAUAUUUAAAAACUCAUCAGAACCAUUGCAACUGAUACCUAUGCAAACUAAAUGGGUGUAUUUCUGGAAAUGUCCAAUUCAGGUAGCAGAGAUGUCCUGUGCAAAACCUGGGUCCAAAGGAUCCUGCAAACAAACAAUGUCAAAGAAGUGCAGGAGUUUAUUUCAGGCCAGAACUGCAACUACCCUGUUUCACAGCCAAAAAAGCAUUCAGAGAACAGAACUGGUGAUCAGCAGUGAUUGAACACACCCCUCCUGAGCUCUCCUGACUCACAAGGAGGAUGCACACAAAGUCACUUGGAUUUGGAACAGUUGCACCUUUUUUUUCCCAAUGGAGAGACAAGAUUGUUUUUGCAAGGAAGGGACGGAAUAAAUCAGAGUUUAAAAUGGAUGUAAAGGAGACAGUUAGCUUUGAAUUUCUUAACUAAAGACCCUUUCCCCAUGGUGGGGAAGAGAAGCAAAAUCCCACACGCUGCCUGUGCUGGUGCUGCAGUGAAGCUCAGCUGAUAUUUGGCUACCUUGGUACAGAGCAGCUCAAUGGAACUGCUGGGGUCCAAUUCCACAGAGAGAUUUGUCUAUAAGAAUUGUACAUACUGUGACUGUCUUUUUGUGUCCCACCCUCCAAAUGUUUGUCUCAGAUUUUGUAUUGUAUUUUUCUAGACACAAUUUGAUUACAAAUAAAAACGUGAAAUAAAACCAAAAACCCUGAUGAGAACCAUCGCUUGGUCUGUAAGAGUUCUUUAUUUGUAUUCUGGUUGUUCCCUCAGUUAGAGAGGCCCUUCUGAGAUCAGAAAGUUUAAAAGGUAACAUCUGUGUAGUUUUGCCGGCCCUAAAAGUCUGGACUGCCUGCCCUCAUCUCAAGAACUCUAUGACUUCUGAAAAUCUGCUAGCCACGUAAGCAGCCCAGCAUUUCUCAGGAAUUGCAGAAUCCCACAAUAAUUGAGGCUGGAAAAGAUCAUCGAGUCCAACACUUAGCACUGCCAAGUCCACCAUUAAACCAUGUCCCUCAGAGCCACAUCUAUCUCUUAAAUCCCCUCAGGGAGUUCAGUUAAAGAAUCUCAACAUUUUAGUGCCAGCUGCAUGUGAGGACACAGCCCCUGACGGAUCAGCAGGCAGAGAGAGAGGAGAGACAAAUUCCCCUGCCAGCAGUGCCCCUGUCCAGAGGGCUGCCAGAAAACCAGUCUGGCAGCAGCAAGGACUUCAAAACAUAUGUAACUUAUAAGCUAAAGUCCAUGUUUUGUGUCACAAACGAACCAGGAGCCCGUGCAUUUUAGGAUCAAGCUUUCCUCUUUGCAAAGGGUGCCACAAGGCAAAGGGAUGUUGAAACAGCACAUCCUGAAAUAAUUUGGUCAGGCUGUGCUAAUUGCAUUCCCACAUAGUGCUGUAUGUAGCAACAAUCCAGACUGGAAUUAUAAAAUUCCUUAAGCGCUGAAGGCCACAUCAAAAAAAGAUAAGGUCACAUCUUUUAGCCAAUGCAGAUGGAAUUUUUUUUGGAGGUGCAGGUGUGACUUGGCUGUCUUCUUCCUUUAACAAUAUCCUCCUUUCCCUUCUUUCCCUUCAGAUUUUUCCUUUUCCUUAAACAUUUUCUCUUAGCCUUUCUUUUCUAAACUAUUGGUCAGAUUCUGGGUUUAUAUCUCAUCCUGGGUACCUUCCAAUUACACUGUACAUAAGACAUCCAAAACCUCUCCCUCUCCCCUGAUUCCUCCCCUUCCCCUCCCCACUUCACUCACACAGCUCUGCCUUUCAUCAACAGGCACUGUGGGAAUGCUGAUUUAGCCUAUAUUAAUUACAUACUAAGAACUGCAUUUUUCUCCACUUUUGCGUGGAAUUAAGAAGGUGUUUCCAUACAUUCUGAGUAUGGAAAGAUAUUUCACAAAAGAAAGUUGAAACAGCAACAAAAAACCAAAAACCCCCCAACCAAAACAAAUAUAUUCCUACACCUAGUUUAUAAUUAUUUUUCUCUUCCUUUUUUCUAAAUUCUUUUUCUGUCUCAUCCUUUGAGAAGAAAGGACUAUCAGAAAUGUAUCACUACACACGAUACACUCAGGGUAUGGCAAAGGAACACAGGCCAAGCAGUUCCUCUCUCCUCAAGAGCAAGAAUUUUAAGAAUGAGGAUCUGAAGCAAACAAAUGAAGGGAAGGAGGAGAAGGAGGUUCAUGGCAUUUUCCAAGUGAUGACAUCUACUGAUGCCAAUCUUUUCUUGCCUGCUAAAAAUUGCUGUGCUGGGCUUCUUGGUCAGAGAUGGGAAAGAGACCGAGCCAGGGCAGGAGUGGUGCAAGAAUUGAGCUGCAAGGACCCAGAGGAGCCCUGGCAGGGCUGUGCUCAGUGCCAAAGGACAGAAGCAACCCCAAGAGCCACCUGUGCAGCCUCCCCCAGCCUCCAGGUAAUUCCCCCAGGACACUGGAGGAUGUUCCUUUUCACCUGCCCUGCUCCAUUGGCAUCCCUGCCCACCACGUACUGACAGGUCACUGAGGAUGUCAUGUAAAUAGGGUUGCAAUGUAAACUGUUAUGUAAAUUGCAAAACCAGAUAUGCAAAUGGUCUUAAAAUUGCAUUUAAGGAAUCCAGAGUGGUAGCACAGAGUCCUUCUUGUGCUCCCAGCCCAGUUUCACCUUUAUUGCUGGAAUAAAGAGAGGAUUUCUGCUGCCUUUUUUUCACAGUGCCCUCCUACAAAGUAGAGGAAAACUAAAACACAAGGAAAUCCAUUUCAGUAACACCUGCAUGGCUAAAACAACCUUGCAAUUUCAGCCCCAAACCAGAGUCUUUUACAGGAAUCCCUUUACAGCACAAAAGGGAGGCAAACUUCCAAAUUGCUUUGAACCCAGAAGUCACUAAUGCUGAAAUCUCAGUGGUAGCAUUUUCCCAGUGACAAGCCAUACAAAGCCCUUUUGAUGCAGGCAGCUCAAAGCAUUUUUAGAAAUCCAGGGAGCUCCCCAACACCAUCCCUGCACACUGCUGGAAAGAGUCAUUCCUGGUCUAGGGGGAGAAAGAUGAAGCAGUACAAUUUUUUUUCAGCUGACACUGUUGGCAGAUCAAAAACCUCAGUCAAGAUUCCUCACUUUGUUUUGGGUUUGUUUUGUGCCAACAGCAGGAGAAACUUCCUAGCUACUGCUUUACACAGUAUUGGGCAUUUAUUCUAUCAGCACCAUCAUUUCUUGGUCAUAAACUGAAAAAUAUUAGAAGUCUAAUCAUGUAAAUGGACUAAUGUAUUCAUUCUCAGAGUGUAUUUUGAAAAUAAAACACUUGUAAUACUAACUGCACAAGGAUGCAGACACAUCCAGUGUAUUGAUAUGGAACUAAAAGCUUUUAGUAAUAGGCCCAGUAUAAACAUAUGAGCUAGAUAAUAUAGUAUUCAAUUUCUACCAACUUUACCCAAAAAAUUGUAGAACUUUAUGGCUGCAGAGAAAAGUUACUGAAAAGAUUGGUGUUAAUAGAUUAUCACCUUUAAAUCAAGCCCAUUGAAAUUGGUUUGUAAAGCCAUGAUAUGAAUAAGAUUCUGAUGUUUUCAUGUUUUUAAAAUGCUUCACAUGGCAUAAACUUUUUAUACUUGAGUCCACCUACUAUGCUAGCAUUUAUUUCCUUGUUGUAUCAUCCAUCUGUUUUUAAAUGUAAUCAUUGCUGUGAGUUGUGUGUGCAGCUCUGUGCUGUGUGAGCACCUCCACUGACAAGUGUGAGCUGUGUGACCACGGAAGGGCCUGGGUGACCUCUAAAUAUUGUUUGCAACUCUCCUUUUUUAUGACUCAGAUUGCAGCAGCACAUGGGACGUUUAAAUGUCCCUGUUUAUUGUCUUUUCCCAGAGCAGUACCUCACGCCAUUCCCAGCAGUUAUCUAUAACCACCAUUCCAAUUUCCUGCAAGUGAAGAUUUGAGUGACCAGCACACCUUGAGUUGUCCUUCCUUGGCUGGG